AUGGUGUGGCUAGGCUUUCUUGAAGAGGAAAACACAUCGGAAACUAAGAAAACAAUACAUCUAUAUUCAUGUAGUAAAGAACAACCUAUGCACCAAACCAUUGAAGAAGAAACAAAUUGCAAAAUUUGUUUUAAGCAGUUUACUCAUAAAAGAUCCUUGAAACAUCAUUUGAAAAUUCACACUGGAGAAAAGCCUUACAAGUGCGAAAUUUGUUUUAAGCAAUUUACUCACAAAAGUUCUUGGAAUUAUCAUAUGAAAAUUCACUCUGGAGAAAAGCCUUACAAGUGUGAAAUUUGUUGUAAGCAGUUUACACAAAAAAGUCAUUUGAAAAUACAUUGAGAUUGCACACUGGAGAAAAGCCUUACGAGUGCGAAAUUUGUUUUAAGCCGUUUAUUGAUUUAACUGGUUUUAAAACAACAUUUGAGAUUGCACACUGGGAAAAAACCUUACGAGUGUGAAAUUUGUUGUAAGCAGUUUUUUCGGAAAGCUAAUAUGAAAGCACAUUUGAGAUUGCACACUGGAGAAAAGCCUUACAAGUGUGAAAUUUGUUUUAAGCAGUUUCCGUAUAAAAGUUCUUUGGAUAAACAUAUUAAAGUUCACACUGGUGAAAAAGAUAACAAAUGCGAAGUUUGUUUUAAGCCGUUUACUCAUGCCAGUAGUUUAAAAGGACAUAGAUAUUGCACACUAGAGAAAAACCUUAUAAGUGUGAAAUUUGUUGUAAGCAGUUUUUUUCGGAAAUCUAAUAUGAAAACACAUUUGAGAUUGCACACUGGAGAAAAGCCUUACAAGUGCGAAAUUUGUUUUAAAGCAGUUUAGUCAUAAAUAUUCUUUGAAUGAUCAUAUGAAAAUUCACACUGGAGAAAAGCCUUUCAAGUGUGAAAUUUGUUUUAAGCAGUUUAUACAAACAGGUCAUUUGACAAGGCAUUUGAGAUUGCACACUGGAGAAAAGUCUUACAAGUGCGAAAUUUGUUUUAAGCAGUUUUUUCAGAAAGGUAAUUUGAAAACACAUUUGAGAUGGCAUACUGGGGAAACACCAUACAACUGCGAAAUUUGUUUUAAUCAGUUCACUCAUAAAUCUUCUUUGGAUCGACAUAUGAAAGUUCACAGUGGGGAAAACGUUUUAAGGGACUUUUACUUCCUAAAUCGGAAAAAAGACAAUUUUAAAUAUUAAAAACAAAAAACUAUUAUAUUUAUGGUUAUAAUGUUUUCACACUUUAGAUGUUUUUCACCACUGCAGAGGGCGUCUCCAAGAGAUACAUUUAAUUUGGGAGACACUUUACUUCCUGUAAAUUUUUUUUUAAUUCUAAUGGGAUUGAAUUUAUGACACUUAAAACUAAUAAAUAAAGCUUUAAAAAAAUUAAUUAUUUUAAUAUUUUUAAGGCAUUUAUACGCAAAUUUAUAAAUAAUUCGAAAAUACGCCUGUUUGCCGGUGAAUUUACCCCUGUACUAAAAAGAUUAGGUGGGGUAUUUUUGAACCUUUUAAGAGGUUCUUUUAGUCAUGUAUAUUUGUUGUAAUUUUAUAGAAUAAAAUAGAUAUUUUUAUUUUUUACCUCUAAUCAGCGAUUUCUGGUGCAUAUUGGGUGCCCUCACAGUCCAGUAAAAACUGUAAAUGGUCGGUCAAAGCUUUUUUUCUAACUCUGACCUCUUUUCAUAUUGUUCUGAAGCCAUUUUCUUGUGGCAUUUUAAAUUAGUUACUAUUUUAAUGGGAAUAAGCCACAAUUAAAGGUUCAAAUAAAUAAGUUUAUGACGUUUCAAUUUGCACUUCGGAAAUCGUUCUCUUUUAAGGUCUCGCUGUUCCGUCUAUUGACUUAAGCAAUACGGGCCUCUUCGAUAUUUUCCGACCAAUUGGUUGCUAUUUUCUCCAAUUUUUAUUCAAGUUGUAUUUUUAUCUCCAAUUUUGCCGAGGAACUUAGUAAUUCAGAAUUGUUUUAACCACCAUAUCCAGGCAUUUUUUUGGAUUUUCAAAAUAAUAAUUAUCGAUCAAUAAUAUAAAACACAAAUGCUCGCUUUAUAAGUUUUCGAAAUGAACUGUCGAGUUGCAGGUGCACAGGUGCAGUGGGGCGCGCCUAUGCUUACCGUUAUAAGCACAACUAUAAAUUGGUUUCUAUUUCGAACUUCUUAAUAAAAUUUUAGGACAAUAUUUCUUUGAUAAUAUUGAAGGUUUUUACGUAAAAAAACAAAAAUCAAAACAAUAUUUUUUGUUUUCCCCUUUAAGGUGAGUAAAAGUCCCCUAAGUGCGAAAUUUGUUUUAAGCCAUUUUUCCAGAAAGCUAAUUUGAAAACACAUUUGAGAUGGCGCGCUGGAGAAAAACCUUGUGUGGAAUUUGAAAAACCGUACAAUUUUGAAAUUUGUUUCAAAUAAUUUUCGCAACUAAUCGUGCAAAUAACGUCCUGAAUAAGUACCUUGGAUUGAGUUUUCUUAAAAGAUAUAUUUGUUCUUAGUGAAAGAAUGUCAUUAAGUUUUAGGCACAAUUUUCAGAAUUCUUUUAUUAAAACUUGCUGCGAAAAGUAGUUAUAACUUAAAUAAUUGUAUUGGAAAAACAAUAAAUCUCUUAAAAGUAAC